AUGGAUAAGUCAUCAGAAUCAUCUGCAAAAGCAAAAUUGGAAAAGUUUUUAUUUAAAAAAGAUACAGAUAUUCAAAAUACAGAAAGUAGUAAGAUAAAUAGUGAAAAAAACCAAAAUAUAAUUGACCAAUCUAUUAUUACAAACUGUGAUAGCCUAAAAGAUGGUCAAGAUAGCCCGAUACAAAAUUUUACCUCUAAUUAUGAACUUAAAAAUACAUCGAGUGAAAAUGACAUUUCAUUUCUUUUAGAUAAUGUCAAAUUAAAUUUACAAGAAAGAUUAGAAUUUAUGAAUACAAUUUGGACACCUGAUUUUAGUUAUAAUUUUCCAAUAAAAACUGUAGGGAAAAAGCAUCUUAAAUUUCAAGCAAGCUGGCUACUAACAUGGAAAUGGCUUUCCUAUUCUAAAAUAAGAAAUGGGGCCUUUUGCAAAUAUUGUGUAAUUUUUUCUCAAAAAGAAGGAGGAAUAGGAAAACAGAGUUUAGGCAUGUUGUGUACUAAAGAAUUUUCUAAUUGGAAACAUGCCAUUGAAAAAUUUAAAAAUCAUGAAGAAACUGGUUAUCAUAAAACUUGUAUAGAAAAUUAUAAAGUAAUGUCUCAAAAAAAUUAUACUCCUAUAAAUAUGCAGAUAAAUAAAGCGAUGGCUGCUGAACUUAUUGAAAAUAGGAAAUUGGUUAUGCCUGUAAUUGAGAGUGUAAUUUUUUGUGGGCGUCAAGGGCUUUCAUUAAGAGGUCAUAACGAUUCUGGACCUUUAGUAAUGGAACAUGAGCCUAUCGAAAAUGAUGGUAACUUUAGAGCUGUUUUAAGAUAUGGUCUUCGCAUGAAUUCUAUGGGAAAUUCUGAUCUUCAACUAAUAAGAGAACGCUGUAAACGUAAUGCACAGUAUAUUAGUCCAAAAAUACAGAAUGAAAUUGUUAAUAUAUGUUUUUGUGUUCUAGCAGAUGAAACAGCUGAUGUAGCUGGAAUAGAACAGUUUUCAAUUUGUGCCAGGUAUAUUUAUAAUAAUGAAAUAAAAGAAGACUUCUUAAAUUUUGUUCCAGUAGAAAGUACAACAGGAGAAAAUUUAGCUCAUACUUUAAUAAAAAGCUUGGAAAAUUUUGGUAUAAAUAUACAAUAUUUAAGAGGGCAAGGCUACGAUGGGGCAGCUUCUAUGAGUGGAAGGUUUAAUGGUGUUCAAAGUAUAAUCAAAAAACAGUACAAGACAGCAGUAUACGUUCAUUGCAGUGCUCAUGUGUUAAAUUUAGUAAUAUGUAGUUCUUGUGAAAUGGCUUGUAUCAGAAAUGCAAUGGGUGUUAUUGAAACUGUUUAUAAUUUUAUGAAUACUCCUAAAAGACAGUGUGUAUUACAAAAAAAACAUGAAUCUAUUAGAACAUUUAUUGAUUUACAAGAAGCUAUAGUGAGCUCAUUAGAAAUAAUGGCAGGGUGGGUUGAUAAAGAAACUUCUUCAAAAGCAACACAACUACUUUUUUCAUUAAGUGAUACAACAUUUAAUGUAAGUUUGAUGGUAAUUGAUGAAGUUUUUAAACAUUCAUAUAUCUUGUGUAAAGCAUUACAAAGAGAUAAUAUUGACUUAAUCGAAGCAAUGAAUUUAGCUGAAGAUUUAACUAAUGAAGUAAAACAAAUGAGACAAAAUAGUGAUGAAAACACAGAUCAAUCAUAA